GCACGCACGCACACACGUCGGCUUGGCUUGAGCAUCGGCGCAUGCCGCCUUUCAACAAUAGCAGCUUCCAGCCGCAGGGGCAGUUUUUCGGGGCCCCUCCAUCGUCGACCAACGGCUGGCUGGCUGGUUCGACCGCUGGCUGGCUCGCUGGCUCCGUCGCCCCGCUGCGCGGCGCCCUAUGACAGUGCACCUUUGCCGGGCUUGCCUCCCAGACCAUACUCGGGGGUGUGCUGCGGUUCUCUGCCGACUACCUUGACAACGGCAACAACAAGAUGGCCAUCCAGCAGGCGGACAAGCUGCUGAAGAAGCACAGAGACCUGCACUGCGCCAAGGUGUUGAAGGCCAUCGGCCUGCAGCGGACAGGCAAGCAAGACGAAGCCUUCUCCCUGGCCCAGGAGGUGACCUCCCUGGAGCCCACGGACGACAACUCCUUACAAGCGCUCACCAUCCUCUACAGGGAGAUGCAUCGGCCCGAGUUGGUGACCAAACUGUACGAGGCGGCGGUCAAGAAGGUCCCGCUCAGCGAGGAGUAUCACUCGCACCUCUUCAUGGCGUACGCGCGUGUCGGCGAGUACAAGAAAAUGCAGCAGGCAGGAAUGGCCUUGUAUAAAAUCGUGCCCAAGAAUCCCUAUUACUUCUGGUCCGUCAUGAGUCUGGUCAUGCAGGCCAUCUCGGCGCAGGAUGAAAAACUGUCCCAAACCAUGUUCCUGCCCCUGGCGGAGCGCAUGGUGGAGAAGAUGGUCAAGGAGGACAAAAUCGAAGCUGAAGCAGAAGUGCAGCUCUACUUCAUGAUCCUGGAGCGCUUGGGGAAAUGCGAGGAGGCGCUGGAAGUGAUCAAGGGUCCCCUCGGAGAGAAGCUGACCAGCGAGCUUCAGAGUCGAGAGAGCAAGUGCAUGAUGUUGUACCGCCGACUCCGACGCUGGCCCGAGUGCAACGCCCUGGCGCACCAGCUCCUGCUCAAGAAUCCCGACGAUUGGCAGUUCUACCUGGCCUACUUCGACUCGCUUUUUCAUCUCAUGGAUCAGUCGUGGAGUCCGCCGGACGAUGAACAGCACUGCUCGGAGGGCGCCGUGCACCACACGGUGACGGAGGCGGUGAACUUCGUGGAGGAGAGGAUCGCCGGCGAGGACGGCAAAGACGCUCGCUCGCUGCGGGGUCCUUACCUGGCGCGACUGGAGCUCAUGCAGCGGCUGCGGCAACGCCGCCUUCCCCAAGAAAAACAGCUCGGAGAGCCGUUGGAGCUGAUGGUGCAGUUUUUUGUCAAGUUUGGCGACAAGCCUUGCUGCAUCACAGACCUCAACGUUUAUCUCCACCUACUGGCCGCCGAGCAGCACGAGCAGUUGGUGGAGCGGCUGCGCCGGGCCGCCCCUGCCGGACCCGACGGCUCGGACUUCCCGGACGACACGGAAGCGCUGCAGAGGCACCUGUGCGUGUGCCAGCUGAGCCGGGCGCUGGGCCUGCAUCACGCCCUGGACGCCGCCGCUAAGCUGAGGCUGGUCGCCGAGCUCAAGGCGCACUACCGGCACGGCCUCAAGUUUGGGAAGAAUGCUCUGAAGACGGAGUUGCAGUUUUCCGACAUGUAUUGCCUGAUGGCGGCUCACGUCUACAUCGACUUGUGGACGGAAACCGGGGACGGGAAGAUGGCGUGGCUCGGUCUGGGCCUGCUCCAGGAAGGUUUGUCCAACAGCCCGUCCAACGCUCAGUUCAAGCUGCUGCUGCUGCUCCUCUACUGCCGCCUGGGCGCCUUCGAACCGGUGGUGGACCUCUACGCCAGCCUGGACGCCAAGCACGUCCAGCACGACACCAUUGGCUUCCUCCUGACGCGCUACGCUCAGUCCUUGGGACAGUUUGCCGCUGCUUCGCAGGCCUGCAACUUCUCGCUCAGGUUUUUCCACUCCAACCAGAAAGAUACCUCCGAGUACAUCAUCCAAGCGUACAAGUACGGCGCCUUUGAGAAGAUCCCCGAGUUCAUCGCCCUCAGGAACCGACUGAACCAGUCGCUGCACUUUGCGCAGGUCCGCACCGAGAGGAUGCUGCUCGACUUGUUCCUCGAAGCCGACAUUGUGUUGAGUCUGGAGGAGAGUGUGAAGACCAUGUCUUUGUCCGCAGAGGAAGAUGACAUUCCCUGGGACAACAUGAGGGACAACCGAGACCUCACGGUGUUCACCUGCUGGGACCCCCACGAGCGGAAGUUGAACGAGGAGCAUCGGCGGCAUUCCCUGGAGGAAGAGCGUGUGUGGUUGCGCUUGCGCUCGCUCACGCUGCGCCUUCUCGCCGCCGUGGCGGCCAUGGGACGCAAAGCCUCGCCGCCACAGAACUCGCCCACGGCCACUGAGAACGGCGUGACGGACAAGACGGAGCCGCUGCGCCAGCUCUUGACGCAGCUCGGCCAAAACCUGCAGACGGCCACGCAACUAGCCGAGAGACGCACGCAGUACCCUUUCCUGGGACCGCCCGCGACCCGUCUGGCCGCCGCUCUUUCCAGCGGCAGCUGCCAGUGUCAAGCGGCAGCGCUGCAGCUGUCGCUCCACGUGCACCAACUGGACGCCGUCGGUCUCGACGAGUCGUCGGAGCUGCAAACGCAAAUGUGCAACGCCUUCAAGUCGCUGGCCGUUCAACUUCAAGAAAUGCUGAAUAAAUGCAAAGGAGACCUCCUGGACACAAAAGAGGGCAAAUUAAAAAUCCGGCCGUGGUUGUUGGAGAACCUCGUCUUCUUUGUGGAGACGGUAUGCGUGGUCUUGUGGGUCGCCGGCUACAUCACCAAGGUUUUGCGGCCGCUCAAGUCCAGCCUCCAGAAGAAGAAGAAGAAGAAAAAGGAUGCCAGCACAGCUCAGCCGGCGGUGGUGUGCGGCUUCCAGGGGUUGACGGCGAGCUUGCAGGACGUGCUCGCCCGGGCCCUGGAGCACGUCAAAGGGCAGGAGGUGGGCAUGGCCGCGCUCAAACUGGCCGAUUUGUCACUGGAAGGAUCCACGGAGGAGGAGUCGGCGUUUGCCAGGGCAGCCAUGGACAAGCUGCAGAGCAGUCACCUGCGUUCGCUCCAGGAGGCGGCGGAACUGCUCAAGAAGCGAGCGGACUCUCUGAAGAAUCUCAAAAUCUGAAUGCCGCCGUCACACCCGUCGUGUCAGCACAUUUCCGGAACGCUGUCAUCACUCACGCAGGCGCGCGGUGACAUUCACACGCCCCUUUUUAGCCCGACUAGUAAAUUAUUGUACUGAAUAGCUUGGAGUGCGAGAAACCACUAUUUCCUUUGCUCGAUCACUCGCGUGCCCUCCUCGCUGUAGCGUCGGCGUGCAAAGGCGCCAUAUUUGGCCCAGAUUCCAUCAGAGGUUCAUUUAGGAUAUUCCCCCCCCCCCCCCGGGGUGCUUCUUUUUUUUUCCAUGUGUGUCUGAAUGAAGUCGAGCACCUCCGUAGUCGCAGUAUUACACGCAAAAAAAUGGAAAUAAUAGAUAGCUUGCGUCACUUCCUCCUCAAAACGGCAGCCAGGGUGGCUCGCUCACGUCCAUAACAAGCAGCAAAACCCGCACGUGGCGGAUGCAAAUGUUUUUUUUGUUUGUUUUUCUUCCCAGCCCCACAAAGGCGCAUUUUGUUUGGUGCCGAGACUGAUGCCAGCGCUUCAAAGAAAGGCACUGAGGCUUUCUGCAGUUCUGUCCUGGAUGCGGGGCAUUUACAAUAAAACACACUUUGGACCUAA